GGAAAAAUCUCCUAAAAAACAAUAUAAUCUGUGCUGUCAAUAGUUGUCAAGGAGACUAACAAUACGUUUUACUUGCUGGUUUUUGUGAGGUCUAGAGAAAGUGGAUAAAUUCUUUCGCUAGACAUUUUUUUUAAUUGUAUUGUAGGAUAUUUAUACAAACAAAAAUUAGUGGAUACUAAAAUAUGAUAGAAAAAAUAUUACCUACAAGAUUGUACGAGUUAUUAGAUAGAAAUAAUAUUUGUACCUCAAAACAAAUAAUGUUACUUUCCCCGUGGGAAAUAAAAAAGUUAACUAACAUAUCAGAAGACGAUACAAAACUAAUAAAAAACCUCGUAAGCCAAAAUUUACAACCACAGCUUCUUACAUGUGGUAAAUUAAUAACUUUUAAAACUCUUAAAGACAGAGUAUCUACAGGCUGCAAUAGAAUAGAUAGUAUUCUAAAUGGCGGUUUUCGAAAAGGCACUAUAACUGAAAUCUAUGGUGAAAGUGGAUCAGGGAAAACGCAAAUAGCACUUCAAUCAAUAGUUCACAAUUGGGCUAAAGGAGGUGUAUACAUAUGUACAGAAGAUAUAUUUCCAGUGAAAAGAUAUGAACAAAUAAAAAAAAAUAUUCCUAGCUAUAACUCUUCUGUUGAUUAUGGACAAAACAUUUUUAUUGAGCAUAUUGUUGAAAUGGAUGAAUUGUUCUCAAGUGUCAGGGUACGCUUACCCAAACUUCUCUCGCAAAAGAAAAUAACUUUAGUUGUGAUUGAUUCUGUAGCUGCUCCUUUUAGAGUUGAUAGUACAAAUUAUAUUCAAAGAGCAGAUCAACUAAAACAAUUUGCAAACACAUUAAUUAACAUUGCUCAAAAAAAUAAUAUUGCAAUUCUCUGUAUAAAUCAAGUCACAUCUAAUUUUGGUGAGUCAUCAGAAGUAAUACCAUCACUAGGUUUGGCUUGGUCAAACAUGAUUUGUACCAGAUUAUGGAUGAAAAAAACGAGUUCAACUUACUGUUUUUCAGAAAACAAGGGCAAUAAUGAAGUACGAAAUGUAAAUAUAAGAGAACUCUCUGUGGAAUUUUCACCUGAUGUGACAAAUUCUGUUGUUAAAUUAAUCAUUACAUCAAGUGGUAUCCAUGCUGUGCAAUAAAAAAUUGCUUUGUAAAACAAUAAGAUAAUAGAAUUUAUUUGUAAUGGUAAAAUAAACUUUUAGAUAGAUACAUAUUCUUUGACUUAGGGACUAAAGUCUGACAUAGGUUACCUAUGUGACAAGUAUAUAAUCAAAGCCUAUGUCAGAGUUUAGCAGGGCUUAGUUUACCCAUUUUUUUUAUUAAUGUAAAGAUGACUAAUUCUGAAUAAUUCUUAUUUUUACCAUCUAACUUGAAUGAAGUUUCUUAUUCAAUUCAUUUUGUGAUUUUUAUUAAAUUACACAGGAGCGACACUCCAUAUGGGUCAUAACUUUGCAAAGAUAGUAGCAACAUCUUUACUUUUUUACUGUCUGUCUGUCAGGUAGAUUAUUGAAUAAUAUUAAAAUCCCAUCAAAAACAUAACAUGUCAGUACAAAAAUGCACAAGUCUCACCACGCGAUUCUUCAGCCAUAAAAAGUUAUGAAAUUAACAUUAACAAAGUUGGUUAAUUCAGAUAACCUAUCUUUUUG